AUGCAUAUGUCCGCUAGCUCCAGCAGCAGUGAAUGCAAAAUCUCCAUGCUGUUCAACUGGUACACCAUCGAUGCCUGUUUCCUCUCUUCGGAAUGGAAGAUUCAAAAUAAUGGCAUGUUUGCAGCAACAUGCAUAGGCGUGAUUCUACUCGUGAUGCUCGUGGAAUUCUGUCGGCGCAUCGGGCGUGAAUACGACGCCUUCCUCGUCCGCCAAUUCCAGCGCCAAGCCCUGGCUCGCUUCCCGCACUCGGAUCAAGGCGUGGGACGGAUCACUUUCCGCACUACACCACUGCAGCAGUUCGUGCGGGCGGUGAUCCAUGCCUUGACAUUUGGCGGUGCGUAUAUCGUCAUGUUAUUGGCGAUGUACUUCAAUGGCUAUGUGAUUAUUUGUAUCUUUGUUGGCGCCGGAUUGGGCAAGUUCUUCUGCGAUUGGAUGGUGGUCACUAUUGGCAUUGAUGUGGAUGAAAAGGCUAAAGGGGUAGAAGAAUCGACAAUCUGUUGUGGUUGA